UCACCACACCACUGCAGGAGCACUUCCUACUGUCAUUACCAAGACCCAUGGUGAACGUGUCAGGAGAGCCGGUGGCAUGCUCCUCCUGCCUGUGCCCGUCCCAGACCACCCGCCUGUUCCUGCCCACCCUAUACAGCCUCAUGUUCCUCAUAGGCCUCCUGGGCAACAGCCUGUCCCUCUGGGUGUUCGUGAAGAAGAUACCGAACAAAACGUCCACCCACGUUUAUCUGAUCAACCUGGGCGUGUCCAACCUGAUGCUGUGUGCCACCAUGCCCAUCCUGGCAGCCUACUUUGCGGUGGGCCACACCUGGGGGUCCCACCAGCUGGCCUGCCGGGUGGCUGUGGGCGGGGUGACGCCCGUCCUGCACGUCAACAUCUACGUGGGCGUGUUCAUCCUCACCUGGAUCGCGCUGAGCCGCCUGGCCGUCCUCGUCCAGCACAGCCACUCGGGACGGGCCAGCACCUGCACCCGCAUCCUCCCCUCCGCCUUCUUCCGCAAACUCCGCGAAGUGCACUUUGCCCGAGCCAUGUGCCUGGCUAUCUGGACCAUAGUGCUGGCCGGUAUAAUCCCUGUGGUGGUCCUCUACUCUGUGGCGGAGGCGGGGGAGGCGGGGGGAGCGGAGAACGCAGGCGACCAGGCCUGCUACAGCGUUGGGGUGGAGGUCGGGGGGGACGGCUCCCAGCUGAGCCACGUGGCGGCCAUCGUUCUCUUCUUCAUCUGCUUUCUGCUCGUGCUGGCGUCCUACGUCUCCGUCACCAGGCACAUCUGCAGGUCCCAGAGGAACACGGCAAUCACGGACAGGCACAGGGUCUACAGGAGGGUGUUCCGCAACAUCGUGGUGAUCCAGCUGGUGCUGGCGGUCUGCCUCCUGCCGCACCACAUCUUCAAGUCGGCUUUCAUCGGCAUGAUCCGCCACGAGGCCGCCCCCCAGCCAAGCGCAGGCUGGUGCCAGCAGCUGUCCCAGCUCGUCGAGGUGAAGAACAUUUUGCUCUGUCUUGCAGCGUUCAGGAGUGUCCUGGAUCCAAUCAUGUACUUCUUAUUGGACAAGACGUUUCACAGGCACGUGGCUGACCUGCUAAAAAUCAGUUCCCGUAAACAAAACAGCCAGUCCUCGGGGUCCAACUUGGACGCAGAAGCCACUUCUUCUAAGGCCACAAAACUGUAGCAGGGCAGUGGAUGGAAUUAUGGCUGUGGGACCUACACAAUUUCCCUACAACUCAUAUCAGCGGACACCACUUCAUCUCUGGAGCUCCUCAACAGAUUCUUUUUAGACGCAGAUGUCAAAUUCAAUGACACUCAGCCGCACUUGAACAGACAUUUGGCUGAUAAUGCUACUGACAUCUGACUGCUUACUAAUCAAGAGUGAAGGGGCAGUUGGGUAUAUGUGUGUAUAGGGAAUAAUAAAGAAUGCUUGGUGUACAUAUGUGAUGGGGAUUUUGGGGGGUGUGAUGGUUACAGUGGUUUAUGCAUCUCUGAUGAGUUAUGUGUGUGUGUGUGUUAUGAGGGGUGUAUAUGUUUGUGAUGGGAAAUGAGCAAUGUGUGCAUUAUAGGAGGAACAGUAUGUGUGUGAUGAUUGUGAAGUAUUUCGCUUUUUUUGGAGGGGAGGGGUUAAAGUACAGCCCUUGAUGAGGUCAGAGUGGAGGGGUGGGACCCUAAAAAUGACACACAAGCGAGUCAUCUGGAGGACCCCCAACAGUAAGAAUAAAGGCAGCAUCCUUCUUCUCUGUCCAUAUCCUCAUGCUACGGCUACACCAUGAAUUAUUCUUCAGUAUUGUCCAAACAACAGGCCCCAUGAGUGAUUUACUUUCUAUAUGUCACAAGCCCUAACUACAUAAUUCUACUGAUGAAGCCGUCUUUAAUCCUUGUCUACAGAAUAUGUGGCUCAUUAUGCUCCUUUGUCCAGCAGUGUAAAUAAUGUAUAAAAAUAUUAGGUGGGGAUAAAGCAUGGGCAGAUUUAUGCAUUAAUGUUAAAAUGCAGGGGAGUGUGGGGGCUAUUUUUUUUUGAAGUAAUGAAGUUUUUCAUGAUCUUAUAUGUAUAACAACAUGCUACCCUUCAUACAGCUAGUAAUAGAGGCCUGGAAAUUACCAACUAUGAUUUACUGUAAAUGAUAAUAAUAUUGUUUCCUGUGUGAUUGUCUUUGUCAACAUGUAUUUUUUUUUUUUAUCACAACCCUUAGCCUAAAGGGAGGUGGGGCAGGGCUUUAUUUGGGCU